AUGUGCACCAACGCCGCUGCGGACCUUCGGGAGGUGCUGCUGCAGGCCGCGGAGAGCCGCGUAUUGGCGUUUGGUGGCCUCUACACGGACGUGCCGCUCACCGAGGACGCACUGCGCGGAGCGGAGCGGGACGUGCAUCGGGCACGAAUCUGGGAGCAGCAACGCGUGCAGAGUGCGCUGCGGCGCGCGGAGCUCAACGCGCAACGGCAGAGGCUGCUGGAGGCGGAACGACGCGGUGAGUCGUCGGCGGUGGAAGCGGUAGGGGCUAUCGCGCGCGAACUGCGGGCGAAGGCGAUGUCCGCGCUGCAGCUGCACGCGGAGACCGUCGCCGCGCAGGCGCCGCAAACCUACUUGCCAUUCCUUCGUGAAGCAGACGGUGCCCCGAGGGCAUUGGGUGUGUCGGCCACCUCCGCAACGGCGUCGGUGCCCCGUGCCGUGAUUAACGUUGACAUGGGCGGCGGCCGCGUGGACCGUCUGGUGCUGCGCGACGGGGACGACGUGGAUGAGGCGGCGGCAGCGUUUGUGCGUCGCCACGGGCUGCCGCAUCAUGCCGUUGACCUCCUCGCAGCGCAGGCGCUGGAGGCGCUCGGAGAACGGGGGUGCUGA